AUGUUCCAAUGUUUGCAGAGGGAACAAGUUGUAUAUCCUGUCCUAACCACUGAGCACAGUAAACUGCCUGCUGCUACUGAUGGACUUCCUCUGUACAAAGGCCAGCCUGAGAUGCUUGAAGUGAAAACUCAGCACAAUUCAGAAUCUGAUUACUUCGCAAGAGAUGGGCCUUCAAGCAACAGUUCUUUCCACAGCAGUGAGGGAGAGGGGACAGACCAUGAGGUGGACAUCUUGGAUUGUAGUGGGUCCAGGCCUUUACUUAUGGACUCAGAAGAAGAAGAAGAGGAGUCCAGAAAGUUGCAAUCGACACUCAAGGAAAGAUUUGUGGCUUCCAGAGAAGAUUCCAAGCCCCAGCCUUCCCAGAGCGGCAUGGGGAAAGCUCUGUUUACAGCCUUUCAGCAGCACUCCGGAGAAAUUUUCAAUGAGCCAGAUGUCUUUGCCACGGCUCCUUUCCGAAGCUCAAGAAUAGUGCAUGAUGAGUUGGACAUCUUUACCAAAGCUCCCUUCAUCUCCAAGAGCAAUGUGCCCGUCAGGCAGCCAGAAGAGGCAGAUGUAUUCCUAAGUGCCCCUUUCACAAAAAAGAAAAGCUUGGAAGAGUUGACUUCUCAUAACGUUUCUAAGGAGCCUCACACUCCAGCCUCUUUCCUAGGUCAAACUGGUGAUGUCCAACAUGUAGAUAACGCCAAGUUCCAAAACUUGGAUACAGGAACAUGCGGAUUGUCUGUCUCAUCUAGAGCUCAGUACUCUGGGGUAGGUUUUAUUCAGCCAGCCAAUCUUCCGUCUCAUUCCAUAAGACCAGUGGAGACCCAAGAAGGCAUUCCUCCCAAAGGUACAUUUAAAGAUCUUGGUGGCAUUCCUAAUGAUAAAAACCAAGGACAUGCACUCCCCCAAGAAGCCGUCUUGGGUUCAAUGGUUAGUAAGCCUUUCCGUCCACAGUCUCUAUCAAAGUAUUCCCGUCACUACAGUCCGGAAGAUGGGCAGGGUCUGGAAGUCCAACCCAUAGCAGCAUACAAAGUGGUUUCUCAGACCAACAAACAGGCUAUCGCAGGAUCUGUCUCUAUUGCUUCUCUGUCUUCCAGGACUAAAGAGCUACCCAGCGUUGACCCAUUUGCUUCAGCACCCUUUCCUUCCAAAUCAGGAAAGCAAAAGCCUUAA